AUGAGUGAAGGAGAGAAAGCUAUGGUUGACAAGUCAGAGAGUAGUUCUUUUGAAGAUCUAGCUUCGGCUGCCGCUCACGAAAUAGAAGAAGCUAAGCUGGCAGAAGCGGCCGCUGCGGAAAAAGAAAAGUCUGUUGAGUUGCCAAAAGAUGAGUGGCAAGAUGUUUUGGGAUCAGGAGCAAUGCUCAAAAAGAUAAUAAAACAGGGUGAUGAAUCAGAAGGUUUAAGGCCACACAGAAGUGAUAUUUGCAGAAUUAGUUAUGAAAUUAAAAUUAAGGAUGGUAAUGGAGAUGUUUUAGAAAAGAGGGAUCAAGUUAAAAUAUACUUAGGUGAUAAUGAAGUCCUUCAAGGUUUAGAUUUAGCAUUGACUCUUAUGUAUAAAGGAGAGGCCUGUCUUCUCCAUAUGGCUCCACGUUUCGGUUAUGGAGAUAAUGGUUUAAAACCUGGUGAUAGCCUGGGUUUAGUAGGUGAAGUCGAUGGACUUAAAUAUGAUGGCCCGGUUAUUGGACCAGAUACGUGGCUGGAAGUCAAACUUGAGCUCCACGACUGGUCAGAAGAACCUGAACACGAGACCUUGUCUAUAGCUGAGAGGAUGGAAAUUGGUACCCGUCGUCGUAAACGAGGUAAUUGGUGGUAUGGCCGUGGUGAGUCACAACUAGCUAUUCAGCUAUACCGUCGCGCACUUGAUGUAUUAGAUGAAAGUGAGGGAGGAAUAUCAGAUCCCACACCCACUGGUGAUUUUGCCCCUACCUCAGAUGCACUGCAAGACCUGUUGGAAGAACGUCUUAGGGUUCAUAAUAACAUGGCUGCAGCUCAAUUAAAGGCCGGUGCUUACGAUGCAGCAUUACAGGCUGUGACAAGAGUUCUGACCUGUCAACCUAAGAACGCAAAGGCACUCUAUCGUAAGUCUCGAAUUUUAUCGGCGAUGGGUCGAAACUCAGAGGCUUUGGAAGCAGCCAGAGCAGCAGCUGCUGCCGCGCCUGAGGACUCCGGGGCUCGUAAGGAGCUUCAGCGUUGUGAACUGAAGGCCACCAGGGACAGAUCUGUUGAGAGACGUCUCGCAAAGCGCAUGCUGGGUGCUGUCAACCAGCCUAAACCAGAGUCAUCGCCAGAUAAAAAACCUUCUAGAGCUAAAAUGUUCGUAUGGGGUUCGCUACUGUUAAGUCUGCUGGUAGGCGUGGCCAGUGUGCUAGUGUAUAGAUACAAGAUCCAAUCACACUGA